UGUUUGUAUAUUUUUAUUUUUAAUCUGAUGCCGCGUAAAAUAAAUUUUUUUUCGUGCAUUUGUGUUCAGGUGAGAUGAUUUUGUUUGUGUAGAAAAUUGUACGUUUUUGGGUUGAUGGAUUUUAAUAGAUGUGAAAAAAGUGAAGAGAAAAAAAAUGGGUGACCGCGCCUCUCUUAUUUACCGGAUUGACACUUUUUGCCCUUAAAAACAAAUUAUUUCGUUCUCCUUUUGUAUUAUAAUCAUUUUUGUUCACAAUAUUUUUUUCCUGAAUCAAAAAUAUUUUUUAAAUAAAAUCAAAAUUCUUUUUAAUGUUAAAAAUUAAAUUUAUUUUAAAAUUUUUUAUUCUCAUUUUAAUAAUUAAAUUGUGUAAUUCAUCUCCUUGGUCAGCCUAUAAUAACCCUUAUGGAAUGAAUCAAGGUUAUCCUCAAUAUUGGAAUCGAAUAUCUCCUUCUAUGAUGAAUCCGUAUGGACAAUAUGGUGGUAGAUUUUAUGGUAAUGGAGGGAUACAAGGUCUAAAUCCUUUCUACGGCAGAAAUACACAACCAAUAAAUGGAUAUAAUCCAUACAACAAUUACUUUCCGUAUUAUAGAGGACAGAACCGUUUUAUCUCGUCUCUCUCUUAUCCCUAUCGAACAUUUGGAGGGCCGUUUACUUGA